GUUUAUUAUCUUAUUUUGACGAUUAAUUAGUGUGCUUUUGCAUUGGAGUUCACUCUUUAGCACAGUUAAUCUCAUGUUAAUUUAGUUUGUUGAUACGUCACUUCUGUUGUUUUUGCCGCAAUGGAAGGUUUACCAGAAGAGUUGAGAUCAUUUUUACAAACUCACCCUUUCCUUCAACUCACAGACUCCAAGAAGAUUAAGUGUACACUGAACGGCCACGAGUUUCCCUGCAGCCUCGCAGAACUGCAGCAUUUUACCUCAGGAAAGAAAUACAAGCAGCUGUCAGCAGACGCAAACUUUAACUACAGUCAGUAUGAGCCACAUAUAGUUACCAGCACUAAACAGCCCAAUCAUCUCUUCUGCAAGCUCACUUUACGUCACAUCAAUCGCGUGCCGCAGCACGUCCUACGCCACGUCAAUGGGAAAAAAUAUAAAAAAGCUCUAGAGAAAUAUGAGGAGUGUGUUCGGCAAGGUGUGGAGUUUGUCCCGGCAAGUCUUCAAAAGAAAAGGAGAACCAAAGAUGAUGAUGUCACAGGAAGUGACAGUAAAGGGAAGAAGAAGGAUGACAGUGGAGUCUGGAAUCCGAGCACGAGUGAUUCAGAGAAGAGUGAUUCAGAAGACAGCAUGUCAGACCUUUAUCCACCAUCUUUGUUCACAGUAAAUAAAGCAGAGGGUGAAGACGAUAUGAAAGAUGGUGAGAAAGAUGAUUUCGAGACUGAUGAUGAUGAUGAUGAUGAUGUAACUGAAAUGGAGGUAGAAACACAAAUGCAGAAACGCAAAAAGGCGCAGCCUUCUGCAUUAACCAAAAAAUUUAGGAAGAACAAAAAGAAAAAAGGUUUUAGGUGUGUUGGAAAAGUUAAUGGAAAAUGAAAAUAAAGUUUGUAUAUCAUUAAGAAA